AGAUCGAGGUUAAUCACUCUUUCUCGAAUCUAUCUUUCUAGUGUGUGAUUUUAACCGAUCUCCUCUCUUCUAUCGGAUGACUUUGUUGUUGUUAGUCGUCGGGGGUGAUUAGUCUCUCUUCUAUUCGAUUUUCGCACGAGAUCUAUAACUUGUCUUCUUCACUAUCAAACAAUAGAUCUCAAGAACGAACGAUUAGUCAUUGAUCGGCUUGUUAAGAAGUAAUGUCAAGAGGAAAAUACAUAGUCGGUGCCCUUGUGGGAUCUGCUGUUGUAGCCUAUGUCUGUGACAAAGUCAUCUCCGAUGAUAAGAUUUUCGGAGGUUCUACACCUGGAACUAUUACUAACAAGGCAUGGGGGGCUGCUACUGAAGAGAGGCUCCAAGCAUGGCCUAGAACCGCUGGUCCUCCUGUUGUGAUGAACCCUAUCAGUCGCCAGAACUUCAUCGUCAAGUCUCGCCCUGAAUAAGUGCAUCCUUGUUUCUUAUUUGAUACGGAUUGAUUCAUUUGCUCUCUGUGUUGGCAAUUUUCUUUUGAUUUUGGGGUAUUUUUCUCAGUAAUAAUAUGUUGUGUAUGGAUGGAUAUGAUACACAUUAUUGAUUCCAAUCUUUUCUAGAUGCA